CCGCCGCCUGAAUGGCUUGUUAGGCGGCUUGCGGCGCCGGGCUCUCCGCCGCUCAGGCAGCUGGGCGGCCACUCUGUUUUGAGGUCCUCGCCACCCUUCCACGUCUCCCGGAAGAAGUAGCCGGCAGGUCCGGGAGCAGCCCGCUGCUGUGGCGGCCCGGGUGGGCGACCAAGCAGUGGCCUUGUCUCUCCGCUUCCUCAGGUGAGGCGCGACCAGGCCGCGGUCCGGACGGCUUGGCAUGUGGGACCCGGUCUCCGCCUUUCCCGAGUGUCGUCGUGCUCGUCUUCGCCCAGGGCCGAGGAAGGGGACGCCACAGUCCCGUAGGCUCCGGCCACCGAGGCUGACUGUCCUCCACCCCCGGAAACUUAACUUGCUGUGGGGGUGCAGUGGGUCGUGUCAUCGCCUGCCGGGCACCCAGGGUUGGUCAGACCGCCGGUCAGACAGCCGUGCCUGACCCCUGACCCUGCCUCUGUGUGACAUCUCACCUUUCAAGUUGCUUUGCGCCACCGAAGUUCCCUCUUGGAGUCUGUCACCAGGACAAGAGUCCAGGCCCUAGCUCGGUGACUAUAAUCCAUGUGAAGUAGGAUUAUCCUGCUGCCAUCAUGUCUUGGUUUGCUGAUCUUGCUGGAAGGGCAGAAGAUCUUCUAAACCGAGUUGAUCAAGGGGCUGCAACAGCUCUCAGAAAGGAGAAUACCAGCAACAUCUUUUAUAGCAAAAAUACUGACUAUCCUGAACUUCACCAGCAAAAUACAGAUUCAACGUACCAGACUGGACCCAAAGCUAACUAUAUUUCCUCAGCUGCUGAUAACAUCCGGCAACAACAAGCCACCGUCAUAGCUGGCACAGCAAAUGUGAAAGCGGGAUCCAGGCCAUCCGGAGAGGCCUCCCAUCCCACUGAACAGGCAUCUGUCCCUAGGCCUUCAUCGCAGUUUGUUCGAAGGAAAAAGUCAGAGCCCGAUGAUGAACUGCUGUUUGAUUUUCUUAACAGCUCCCAGAAGGAGCCGACGGGGAGAGUGGAGAUCAAGAAAGAGAAGGGCAAAGUGCCCGUCUUUCCAAGCUCUCAGUCCUCAAGUGUCAGUUCUGUGGACACAAGUGUAACCACCACCAAGCCCACUGAAGAGAAUCCUGGGAGCCAAAGUCCUGAAGUGAAUAGUUCUGAUUCAGUACCUGAAGGCCACCAGGAAUCCUCAAAGGAAAGCACAGCAUCUGAGGCCCCCAGCACGGAGCACAGCCAAGCACUCCCUGAUGGGAACAGAUCACAUGAAUUGUCUAAUCUCCGCCUGGAGAAUCAGUUGCUCAGGAAUGAAGUCCAGUCUUUAAACCAGGAAAUGGCCUCACUACUUCAGAGAUCCAAAGAAACUCAAGAAGAAUUAAAUAAGGCAAGGGCAAGAGUUGAAAAAUGGAAUGUUGACCAUUCAAAAAGUGAUCGGAUAACUCGGGAACUGCGAGCCCAAGUCAAUGACCUUACUGAAGCAGUGGCUGCGAAGGAUUCCCAGCUGGCUGUGCUCAAAGUGCGUCUGCAGGAGGCUGACCAGCUGCUGAGUUCCCGCACAGAAGCACUAGAAGCCUUGCAGAGUGAGAAGUCACGAAUAAUGCAGGACCACAAUGAAGGCAGUAGUCUACAGAACCAAGCUCUGCAAACUCUUCAGGAGAGGCUGCAUGAAGCCGAUGCCACUCUAAAGAGAGAACAGGAGAGCUACAAACAGAUGCAGAGUGAAUUCACUGCACGCCUUAAUAAAAUGGAAGUGGAACGUCAGAAUUUGGCAGAAGCGGUUACUCUGGCAGAAAGAAGGUACUCUGAGGAGAAGAAGAAGGUUGAUGAGCUCCAGCAGCAAGUCAAGCUCCACAGGUCAAGCUUGGAGUCUUCUAAGCAGGAAUUAAUUGACUACAAGCAGAAAGCUACACGAAUACUCCAGUCUAAAGAAAAAUUGAUAAACAGUUUAAAGGAAGGCUCCAGUUUUGAAGGCCUAGAUAGCAGUACUGCUGGCAGCAUGGAGCUUGAAGAACUUCGGCAUGAGAAGGAGAUGCAAAAGGAGGAGAUCCAGAAGCUGAAGGGCCAGAUACAUCAGCUGAGAUCUGAGUUGCAGGAUGUGGAGGCUCAGCAGGUUAGUGAAGCGGAAUCAACAAGAGAACAGUUAGAAGAUCUGCAAGACCAGAUAACUAGGCAGAAAGCCUCUAAACAAGAGCUGGAGAUGGAGCUGGACCGGAUGAAACAGGAAUUCCAUUACAUGGAAGAAGAUCUGCAUAGAACAAAGAACACACUGCAAAGCAGAAUUAAAGAUCGAGAGGAAGAAAUUCAAAAACUAAGGAACCAGCUUACCAACAAAACUUUAAGCAACAGCAGCCAGUCGGAGCUAGAAAGCCGACUCCAUCAGCUGACAGAGACAGUCAUCCAGAAGCAGACCACGAUAGAGAACCUCAGCACAGAAAAGAACUCCUUAGUCUUCCAACUGGAGCGCCUGGAGCAGCAGGUGCACUCUGCCUCCACCGGGCCCAGCAGCGGAUCCUCCAUUAACAUGUCUGGAAUUGACAGUGGCGAAGGGACACGCCUGCGAAAUGUUCCUGUUCUUUUUAAUGACACAGAAACUAAUCUGGCAGGAAUGUAUGGAAAAGUUCGCAAAGCUGCUAGCUCCAUUGACCAGUUUAGUAUCCGCCUGGGAAUUUUUCUCCGAAGAUACCCCAUAGCACGAGUGUUUGUAAUUAUCUAUAUGGCUUUGCUUCACCUCUGGGUCAUGAUUGUCCUGCUGACUUACUCACCAGAAAUGCACCAUGACCAACCGUAUGGCAAAUGAACUGAGCCAUUGAUUCCCAAAUGUGCCUGCCAUUGUCCAGAGCUGGGAUCUGCAGAAAGACCAACACCUGAGACUGCUUGGAAUAGUGCACAAGAUGGUUUCAUGGUGGAAAGCUUUUAAUUUUAAGUUAUUACUCUGGUGUCUGACUCUCCCUUAUUUUCAUGAGAGUCUCUGAAUGCAGACAGUAAUUUGACAAAUUCAGCUCUGCUUUUUCUGAGUACAAUUGCCCUAGAUAUGGAGAGAGAGAGACCUGGGGUGGUUGUUCUGUAGAGACCUUUCUAUAUUUUAGGUGACACUGAUUAUGGGUUAUAAUCAGGGAAACUAAUUGUAUUUAAGAAUAAAAAUAAAAAGAUUUCUUUUUAAUAA